UUCGUUUUUCUCUCUCUCUCUGUCUCUCUGAGUCUCGUCAAGUUCUCCCGUCCCCCGUGUUUCCCGUGCUGGAUGUGCAACCCUUAGUUCCCGUCAGGUUCCUUGAAGUUCCUUCCGUACCUGCGGAUACAUCCUCCCAUCUUAGAGCUGUCCCGCCCGGGCUGUUGCUCCGUCAUAUUCGCUGGGUUCGCACGCACACACAGAACACACACACGACACACACGGCACACAAUAAACUAAACACACUUUUGAACACAUCUUUCCCACUUCCUUGUCUUCCCGUCUUCUCUCUUUUUCUUGCCGGCUUGACGUUUACCGAAUCCAGCAUCUUGGGCACUUUUUGGGGGGCCUAAAAUCGAUUUCGCAGUCCGCACCGUUUUGCUACCUAACCUUGCCACCCAUCCCAUUGACAUCGUCUUCAGCCCUUGUCGCUCCUUUUAAUUAUUUUUUCUCGAGCAUCCCCUCGCCUUACGACUCGCCUUAUUAGGUACACAUACAUGAUACAGGAUACAACAACCACAGCACGGAACUUCGGUUACCUGGCACUCGCCUCAACUCGUCAGCGCCUCCUUCACCAACUGCGCCGUUCCCUGUUCUAUUCAUAGCCGGCUCCUUGCCAGCCCAGCCCAGCAAGCCAUCCAAACCAACCGCCCCUCCUUGGUCGACCACCACCACCAUUCACCAAGCAGCGCACUCCUUGAUCGCUUGCUCACAACUUGGCCCCCGACAGCACUCUGCCUGACUGAGCACACGACCUUUCACCAGCUGUUUAUCCGAAUUCACUACAUCGCUUGGUUACCUUCCCAUAAUCGUGUGGUACUGGCGACGACCGCCGAGCUUCUCAUCCGCUCCGAAUUCCAACAGACUUCCGAAAUCCCUCGCAUAACCUCGUCCAACCAUUUCAUCAUCGUCCCUCUUCCCGCAGUGACGCCGCACCCUGGCAGCCCCGACGGCAAUCUCGCGCGCCGCUAGAACCCAGCCUGGCGUCCCUGUUCAGCCGACGAAACAGCGGAGUCGCAAUUUCGACCCCCGUUCAACGCCCAGCGCCGACGCCUUACUCUACCUCUGCUACUACUGUCACACACAGCCAUUCCCACCUCCCUUCUCCAGACCAGACCACACCAGACCAGACCACGCUACGCAUACUCCGUACGCUUCGCCCAUCCCAUUCUCUUGGCAAUUGCCAACCGCCCCAGCUUUUUUGGCACCCUCGCUCCAUGAUACACUUCCGAACCGUCCUCCAUACGUCGUCUGCCGACCAGGGUCUCUCCAACGUACCAACUGACGGGUCCAAAGGGGGUUGGCUCGUCAAGCGCAAAGGAAAAAUAAUCCAGACGGGACUGUGAACGGAACGACUCUUGUCUGCACUGCACACUCAACUGUGUAUCCAUACGCCGUACCACAACAUACCACCUCACGACUCGAGCAAUCCCGUCACAAAAUCACAAUUCCCACAACCGUCUCGGCUGGCUGUGCUGGCCCACGACCUGAUCCAACAUGACGAGACCUCACAUUAUUCGCGCUGACACCAUCGAUCUGCAAAAUCCGGAAGCACCCUCAGCGAAAGACCACAGCAGGGCGCCCAACGGCUCGUUCGGUCCGCACCAGGCCGAGACUCUUCGAGAAGUCGCCCAGGAAUCUGCCGAAGAUCAAGCGCGCAGCCCGAGGCUAUCUUGGACCAACGCCGACGACGACGACAUCUCCGACGAAGACGAUCUCGCGGGAGAGGUCUCGAGGAAGCUCUCUGGGAGCACAAUGGACGACGCGAGCAAAAAACAACAGCAAGAUGCGCUGGCUGUCGCACAAAAUGGAGGUGUCUCGGACGACGGAAACAUGGACGAUACCGACGAGAGCAUGGACGACGACGACAUGAUGGACAAGAUUUCGAGUUCGCCCUCGAUUGAAGAUGAGGACAUUGAUUUCGAAUUCGUCUACGCGUUACACACCUUUGUCGCAACCGUCGAGGGCCAAGCAAAUGCCACCAAGGGCGACACCAUGGUGUUGCUGGAUGACAGCAACAGCUACUGGUGGCUGGUCCGUGUGGUGAAGGACAGCAGCAUUGGUUAUCUGCCGGCAGAGCACAUUGAAACGCCGACCGAGAGAUUGGCGCGCUUGAACAAGCACAGGAAUAUAGACCUUUCCGCUACAAUGCUCGGAGAUCAGUCUGGGGAAAAGUCCAAGAGCACCUUCAAGACUGCUCUUAGGAAGAAGAAGAAGACGGUCGCGUUCGCCGCCCCGACUUUCGUCGAUUACUCUGACUAUGAUUACUCCUCGGACGAGGACGAAGUCGACGAGCUGUUCUCUCAACAACAGGGUGCUCAACAGCAGCAGCAGCAGCAACAACAACAAACGUCGCAACAGGCAACAGAGGAAACGAUGGAUGACGAUACGGCCAAGGUGGAGCCCCUCAAGCCAAGAGCGACAACGAAGGAGGUCAACGUUGCGGAACCGACGAAGAAAGAGGAGGCACCCGAGGAUGACUCGAAACGUGACAGCGGCGAAAUUUUUGAAAAACCAGAAGGUCCCAGCAGGUCGAGGAACGGCACCGUCAGGAACACCGACUCUUUCUUUAAGGACGAAACGGUCGAGACCAAGAAGAUCACGCUUACGCCUAAUUUGCUUCGUGACGACAGCGGCUCGCGACCCUCGACAACGGAAAGCGUCCAGGUCAAGCAACGGCCAAGUUUGGACAAGAUGGACAAGGAGCUGCAGCCGGAUAAGAAGGAGGACAAGAAGAAGAAGGACAAGAAGGAGAAGGAGAAGAAGACGAGCACCAUUCGGAGUUUCUUCUCGCGUAAGGACAAGAAGAAGACCACGGACGACGACGAUGAGUCUUUUGGCAAGAGAUCGAUGGAUAUCGUUACAGAAUCUCAGGACCGGGAGAGUCGCGAAAGCCGUGAGAGCCGGGAAGAGGAGCCGAAGGAACCGUUGUCCCCGAGAGGCGAUGGCCCCCAAAGGAGCACAAGCAAGCUCCAGAAGCAACAGCCGAGAGUCGAGCCAUCUCCUGCGAGACUCAACGGGGCGGCGACGCCGCAAAAGUCUGCUACCAGGGAGCUUUCCGAAUUCAUUUCCUCCGAGGGCCGCCCUAACAACGUCUCGAACGUGCCCCCCGCUUCUAUGCGCAUUGUGGAGGAUGAUUCUUCGGAUCCAGAACUCUCCGUUCAACAGCAGCGGAUCAAGUCUCCUGAGACAACUCGGUCACCGCCCCAAGAAAAGUCGACCCUGUCCAAGAUCAUCCCGUCGAGGAGUGGCAACAGUGAACCCAAGCCGCAAAAGGUCACCAAGGCAAAGUCUCGAGUUGAACUUGAUGACUUUGACUCUUCUGGGGAGGAGGUUGAGUCUGCCGAGCCACCUGUGCAGCAGCAGGCACAUCAGAUCGUCAAGGAAGAGAAAUUGGAACGGCCUUUGCCUGGCGCGUUCCCUGACAGCUACAUGAGCAAUUUGAGUGCUGCCAGCGCUCAGACGGAUAAGACAAUUACUCCUACGCAAUCUCAGCAGCCUCAGCCUCAGCCUCAGCCCACCGCUGUGGAACGCGAAAAGGAUAGACUUUCUGAAUCUCCUGUGCAAGUGUCGCCGGUCACUUCGCAUAACCCUCCUGCGCUCAUGGUGGAUACUUCUAGUCAAGAGGGCCACUCGACGUCACCAUCGCCAGAGCUCAUUGACGCUGAGGAGGCAGGCAGACAUCGCGCUCAAGAUUCGAUGACUGCCAGCUCCACAUCCACGGGUGGCAGCACUACCGGUAGCAGCUGGAAUGAUGCGAAGCUUCGGGCAUUUUUCGAUUCGAGCUCGGAUAUCCGAGAUAUGCUGGUCGUUGUUUACGACAAGAGCGAUGUGGCGCCUGCUGGACCGGAACACCCCGUCGCAGGCUCUUUGUUCCGCGAACAGAAUGCCAAGUUGGCGGAAAUUACAACACAACUUGACAACAUGCUUGGCGACUGGCUGGCACGCAAGCAAAGACUUCGAGGCACUGUAUAAGGCCUCUUUACGAUCAUCAUGUUUAACAGACAGCGAAAGUGUAAAAUACCUUUCUUGGCUUUUUGACGGCGUCCUGGUACAGGUGGUGGGAUUGAGAAGGUUUACGGAUUGAUGGACGACACAUUGAAACAUGGUCGCUGAUAUGAACCUUAGCGCCAUGGAUACUUUGCGCGCGCGUAUGCAUUUCGCAGUUAUUACUUCUUUUUUGAGAUGCGUGGACAUACCAAGGUCUUCACAGAGGGGUGUCUUUAGCUACCUCGAAACCCUUGUUUUUUUCUUCUCUUUUGUUUAGAGACACGAUGCCCACUCGGAGCGUCGUGGCAUGGAGAUGGACACUUUGCAUUGGGGUCAUUCAUCGCGCCGCUGGUGUGGCAUUGAGGCGAUAAAGACAGAUGAGACGCAGUGCUGUCUAAUGCCAUUUGGUUGUCUGUCUUGAAGUUACGAGGGAUUCUUGCUGCAACUGUGAAGAAAAUGACAAUGUGACACGUGUAUAGAUUAAUGUGAUCGAGAUACUCC